GGAAAAAAAGCGCGGUGCAGUUUGAAAGUGUCGCGGGUGUGGCUGGUGAAUUUGGUAUAACUGUUUAGCAAUAUUCUUGGUUCGUAUGAGCCGCUGAGAAUGACUUCUUUUACACCUGGCCGCUAAUUUUAUAUACACGUGUUAUGUAAUUUUGGGUUUUUAUGGUUCCACAGAGAGUAACUUGAGAUAACGGUACUGUACUGGGACCAUAGAUGGCGAUAUGAUCAUAUCGCCCACAAUCUUUACAGCAAUAGAUCACUAAUGCGUUUCAGUAUUAUUAAUACCAUUCGGCAGGCACACGUUCUGUCUGUGCCACAGGUAGCGCAAUUUUGUAAAAGCCAGACGAGCUUUCUUAGUAUGCACUGAAGUUUUGUCGGGCACCAAUCCUCCAUGGAUGGUAAGACUUCAAAUAUAACAUGAUCAUCUACUUUACUCUUUAUGACUAGACUCAGACUAAUCCCAAAGCAGGCUCUUGCCCUCACUGGAAGAUGCUUCCCAGCAUUCCUUUUUAGAUGAUUUUAAAAGUUAUAUUGUAUCUGUGUCCCUGUCGAAUAAAACUGAUAUUGUGCCGAUAAUUCUACAAUAAAUAUACCAACCCCCUAAGCCAGACGAAGAAAGGGAUACUUUCAGACUCACUGUUGUGAUCAAAUUGAGUAGAAAUUGUGGACGUGAACAGCUCUAGUGAACACCAUCGGACCCAACGAACUUUUGUAGGGAUUCACCGUAGUCUUUGACUCGGCUAACAGUAUUCAAAUAAAAGGCCUUUAUUGGUUUGGAUAGUUUCCGACAUAACUUGCAGUGACGAAUAUCACAAAACUAUUGUUGAGAGUUGAAUCCCGCUAUCAUUUUGGGAAAUAUAAGUGCAAUUGAGUGACUGUUCUGAAAUUUUUUCUAAGAGUAAAGAUUUCAUUAGUCCAUCCACUACCGAAUUUGAAGUAUGUUUGGCUUUCGCCAGUUUUCUGUUUUCGAGCUUUACUAGAGGGUCGGGUGGUUGUAUAAACCAAGUCUGAAGUAUUUUAGUAAGAUUAAUUACUGUACUUAUCGCAUGAGGAUUUCCUUUCCUAUUGUCUCGAACAAUCAGAGAUCGAGAUAAACAGAUUGCAUGGAGUUCCAGGUCUUCACUUAGUACCUUGUUAAUGUUGGUCACUGGCAGAUCAUCCAUAAUGAACUGUAGAAUUAAUCCAGCUCCUAACGCAUCCAGAAAAAUCUGUUGUUACACAGAAAAUUUACAGGUGUGUCAUAAUAAAAUGCCCAAUACAGUGAAAUCAAAAACGGCUUCUCUUGCACUACUAGUUUGCUUUAAUAAUUUUGACCUUGUAUCCCACUUAAUUGACACGAAGAUAUCACAAGUUUGUAAAUGUUGCUGGUAGCUUUCUCCCUACCAAAAUCUCCGUGUUUAUUCUUAUAAUGUGGUUACAUAACUAUCAAUAAUUAUCUCUUUAAGCUAGCUGGGGUUGAAUAAAACCACUUGAUCUCAUCUCUACCACCUAUAACAAUUUGGAGGUCGCGAAAGAACAAUCACAGUUAGUGCUUCAUAGUUGUUAAUGUAUUAACUCAAACUUGGAUUUAUCUAGUUGACUAGAUUGUUCCGUCUACUAAACUAAGCUUCAGUUCAGUGUAUCAGGUGAUGACUGGAUUCGAUAUAAAGUAUUUAUGGGUUGAAUUAUCUUCAUACAGAUGUCGAAUUCGACUAAGAAACAGAAAAUUAAUUAGCAGAUAUUUAAUAAUAUAUCCUGUCUUUUUUAUCAUUUAUUUGGCAUAUAAGAGGAUUGAGUGUUAAAUAAUUGUUGGAAAAGCAAAAGUGAACAGCUCAUAUGUGUCUAGUCUCGGUUUACCGUAGUGUCAUAUUUAUUGGAGCUAAUUUAAAAUGAUAAACCUAUGAUUUUAUAUAACUUUUAAUUAACUUCGUCACUUUCAAACGGUUUUGGUCAGUCCAGAUAAUUUUGUCAAUAACCUGUACAAAGUAUCUAUGGGAUAGGUCACGUUGCAUACAUUCGAACUCAUGUUCGUGUCAAAUUCCAUUUUGACGAUGACUGAGAACACGAUUAAUUCAAAGAAUAUUUCACGCUGGUGUGAUUAAAUGUAAAAAUAAUUUGCCAUAUCAGCUACUACUAGAUAGUAUAAUCUCUUCAUACUACUACGCAAUUUGACGCAUGUUUGUACCAUACUUUUUAUGGUUUACUUUCAAUUCAAAUAUAUUAAAGUAUUUUGUACUUCGCCAUACUACACUCCACCAUCCGUGUUUCAUGAUGUAAAGUCAGUUUCUAGCUCUGAACUUGUUUUUCAAGAUUGAGACUAAGUUUAGUUAAAGGAAAUAUAGGGUACCCCUGUCUAUCUGUUUGAUGACUUAAAAACAGUUUGCCACUGCGAAUCGUUGCUUUGUUUCUUCAGGUUAAUUAUCGUCCAUCUGGCGUCUGACAAGUGAUAGGUACAUGUGGCCAAAAGCACUAGUUAGUGACUCAAUCUCGUUAGCAGCGUCAGAGGUUUCUUCACCGUUUAUUUAUUUAUUUUAACACAUAGAUAUUGUUACAAGUAGGCACCAAAUACAUAUGCGCCACACAAAUCUCAUUUGAUAUGUGUGAGGGCUGUGAUACUACCCGGGUGCCCAAACUGAAGUAGGUGGUUUUCUUAGCGACACCCAGAGCCUUCGACCUGAAGGUCUGAUCCACAAGGCAGUGGAGCAACGUCAGGAAAUGCAGUCCCAUGGUAACUGGUGAUCAACGAUUGGUUUAUACGCCAUUUGUUCCUUCAGGAUACUGGAGCCCAUGUGCACCAUUGGUUUGGAAUCAGGGUUUUCCAACUCCCCUAGGUGGACCGUCCAUGCGCACCGACCCGGUUAAAGCGCCGGACAUUCGCUUUUCGUCCUCUCAAUUUCGUAAAUAACACCCCCGCCACGAGAAGGCAGUGAGUAGUACUUCCCUGGCAGAGGCUAUAUACGCGUGGCCAUGUGAGAGUAUUUCGAGAGGGAGAGCGGACUCUCCCCGCUGUCGGCCGUACCAGGGCAUUUGGAGGCUGUACUGUAUUGCUUUGCUGUAGUUAUGAUUCUAUUUCCCGACUGUAGCUGCUACCUUAACGUGUUGGUUGAGCUUGCUAUCCUGAUGACUCAAUCGAGCUAUAUUAGCUGAAACAAAUAUUCCUUUAGGUCUUACCAUCCCGAGAAAACCGGUUGGAGAACGGUAAGACUAAAAACAGCGACCCAAGGGCGAAGUCGUACCGCUGGCUGUACAAGAAAGUAACAACAGUAAGGUUUUUUCCUCGGACAACCAACAUCUUUAGCGAGGCUGCCUCUCCACAACGGAUGGAAGGGGUUAGAAAAGUUUGACUUUAAAAAUAUCUCACCUCACAUUACCCCAUGGAUUUCCGUCUCCGGCGAUAAGACUUUUUGAAGAGUGGAGCUAAUACAUCGAAAACUUCCCUAGAAAAGUUCGUACGUGACCGGCCUUAAGUAGUUGUCCCUUGGGUUCUGCAGUGACUCCCGAGUCGCUAAGACCACCACUAAUUCAGUCUCAUUUUCAGGUCCAAUGUGAAGAAAUAUCUUCCCACGGUGUAGGUAACUAGGAAAUGACAAUCGCUCUCAUACCUCUAUCAUCACCCCAGAUCAUCUUAUCGGCAAUCGAAUUCCAUCCCUCACCUCUUAAUAAUUAUUCUAUCCUCACGACUAACCCUUCCCAUUUAUCUUUAUCACCAAGCUCCACCAAUGCUAAUGACUUACGUUCUACUAAAACCACGCUCCUAACUACAUCUUGGAGCUUUUAAUGUUCAAACCUCGUGUCAGAUAGGAAAACAGGCUUCUUUGGCUUAGACUAGAAUCUUGCGCCAUCGGAAAAAGACGACACUCAUCUGCUCCCAUUCCAGACGUUUAGAACGAUAAGCGGAACAUUUUAGAGAACAGUUCAUUCGGCCUUCAGCUACUCUACAACUACCCUCCAUUCCCAGACAGUGUGAAUGGAACAUUGAAGUAAGUCCCCCAACUCUAGCUGGAUUUCAAAAGGCUAUAGUUAAUCUGAAACGAGGAAGAGCAGCUGGUCCAAAUGGAUUGGCUCCAGAGGUCUUUAAGGAUGGUGGUCCAAUUUUAGCGAUUAGGUUGACUAAUAUUUUAGCUAAGAUCUGGGAGUUAGACGUUAUCCCAUCUGACUGGUCACAAUCACUUAUCGUCCCAAUAUACAAGAGAGGGUCAAAAUCACUCUGCGACAACCAUAGAGGGAUUAGUUUAACUAAUAUAGCAUCUAAAAUACUAGCCUCGAUAAUUAUCGGACGCCUAACUAAGACUCGUGAACUGCAAACACGAGAAAACCAGACUGGCUUCAGAACUGGUCGUGGCUGCAUCGACCACAUAUUCACCAUUCGUCAGGUUCUAGAACACAGGCAUACUUAUCGGCAUCCGACAAUGGUGGUCUUUCUUGACUUAAAAGCAACACUUGACUCUGUAGACCGCGAGAUUCUGUGGCAGUGUCUGUCAUUGAAAGGCGUACCUCAGAAGUACAUAAAUCUUGUAAAGGCUCUUUACUCGAACACUACUAGUCGAAUCACAGCUUAUGGCGAAAUGUCAUCUGAUUUUGUAACCUCAAGUGGUGUCCGUCAAGGCUGUCAACUUCUUCCAUUUUUGUUUAACUUCAUCAUAGACCUACUGAUGGAAAUAACAUUCUCGUCGACUGAAUUCUCGGGUAUUGAUCUCCAUCCAGGAGGUCCACUUAUCGACUUAGAAUACGCGGAUGACAUAGUCCUGUUUGGUGAAGACGCUGACAAAAUGCAGAGUCUUUUGGUAACACUAAGCAACAAUGCCAGAAUGUUUGGAAUGCGCUUCUCUCUGUCGAAAUGCAAGUUGUUGCUUCAGGACUGGUCUGCGUCAACACCUGAACUAAGGAUAGGGAGUGAAGUAGUCGAACGCGUUGACAACUUCACUUAUCUUGGAAGUCUGCUCAGCCCUAAUGGGCUGGUAUCGGACGAAAUCUCAGCACGGAUUCGAAAAGCUCGUUUGGCUUUUGCCAACUUACGUCACCAAUGGCGAAGGCGAGAUAUCCGUCUAUCAAUAAAAGGACGAGUAUACUGCGCGGCAGUCCAUUCUGUCUUACUUUACGGCAGCGAAACGUGGCCAUCAAGAGUCGAAGAUACUCGUAAGCUAUUAGUAUUUGACCACAGAUGCCUUAGAAAUAUUGCUGGCGUCUGCUGGGAUCACCGGGUAAGUAAUAGUGAGGUUAGACUCAGGGUAUUAGGGAAUGAUUGUAAAUCAGUUGAUGAGGUUGUGAAUCUUCAUCGACUGAGAUGGUUGGGCCACGUGUUACAUAUGCCUGAACACCGAUUCCCACGACGUGCAAUGCUAACCGGUGUUCGGGAUGGUUGGAAAAAAGUUAGGGGCGGCCAAACCAAAAUGUGGCAUCAGUGCUUGAAGACACUAACUUCUAGUCUGAGCCACGUUGGUAGAUGCAGACUACUUGGUUGGGGUCCGUCUGACUAUCGUAAUCAAUGGUUUGGAGACUCUUGAUGUCAUGGCUCAGAAUCGAUCAUAAUGGCGUCGGUGUAUACACUUUCUAUUUUCCCUUAAACUAAGAGAUUAAAAUUGCUUCAUAUCUUUCUUUCUACGAACUAAUUCUUUCUUCCUGUACUAUAUCCUUAUAUGCAUUUUUUCUUUUAUAUAUUACAACCAUUGAAUUAUCUAUGAAUUCGUUGUUCAUCUCGUGCUAAUAAGGUGUGGCAACUUGGACUGAUGCACAUAUGUGCCUGGUCCUACGUUGUAGCCGACUGACUGGUGAACACCAACUUUAAACAUAAAGUGAAACAUCGUCUGACGUGGCGACCUCUAGAACCAAUCCAUCUGAACCAGCCUUUUGAACUUAAGCUAGAGUCGGGGGACCUACUUCAAUGUUCCAUUCACACUGCCUGGGAAUGAUGGGUAGUUGUAGGGUAGCUGAAGGCAAGCUGAACUGCUCCUUACAGUGUUCCGCCCAUCGUUUUAAACGUCUGGGCUGAGAGCAGAUAAGAGUGUCGUCUUCUUCUGAGAUCAUCUCACUUUCACUUGACUUCUUAAUCCCAGUUUCUUUCAUUAGUCUGAAAACCUAUCUUCUGUUAAGUACUGCCGCUGCCUUUUACCUCCAUUGCCCACCACUGCUCACGGUUGUUCCUUAGCCUUUUGUUUUCGUUCUUCAUCGUGUUCAGAGCCUGAUGGGAGAUGAGUUUACGAGAAUCCAUCAGUGUAAUAGACUUAGUAGAAAUCCAUUAGUUUUUCGUAACCCUUUGGUUUAAAUCACUAAUAGAUGUCACUGAUGUUUACACAGCUGUUGGUAUAUCUUUCCAAGCAACCGAAUAGUGUAAUUAGCCGUCAUAUUGACAGACAAGUCGGUACAGUGAUUUUGUACCGGCGCAAGACGGUUGUGUGACUCAGGCAUCUGAUGAAAGAGUUAAUCUUAACUGGUCUUGUAAAAAUUAAACAACCUGAAUAAAUUUAUUGAUAGGUACUGUUUUGAGAAAGUCAUUUCUAUAAAAUUAUAAUACUAAGAGCUAUUUUGUCUGAAUACACAUAUAUCUGUAUCACGUUGUACUCGUUGUAAAAAUAACAGUCGUAAGUACAUAGUUAUGGUUAGUUUUCUUCACUAUACAUUACUCAGUGUCUGCUUUUUUCUAACGUAUAAAAUCAUAAAAUGGUCUUACAUAUGAAGCUUUUCAAUUAUUGUUGACUACUCCAUAGUUCCGGUUCUUAUUGACUGCUAAUGUCAUCACUCCCAAAGAGGAUAAUCAAAGAAACUCAAAAACUUAUCCAGGAUCCAUGUGAUGGCAUAAAAGCGGUACCAGAUGAAAACAACGCAAGAUACUUUUUGGUAUCCAUAGAUGGACCGAAAGAUAGCGCAUACGAAGGAGGUAUUUUCGACUUGGAAUUAUUCCUUCCGGAAGAAUAUCCUAUGACUGCACCUAAGGUCCGGUUUACAACCAAAUUAUAUCACCCAAAUAUUGAUCGCCUCGGCAGAAUUUGUCUUGACAUUCUUAAAGAUAAAUGGAGUCCUGCUCUUCAAAUACGCACUGUUCUACUGUCUAUUCAAGCAUUGUUAAGUGCACCAAAUCCUGAAGAUCCACUGGACGGUGAAGUUGCAUCACAUUGGAAACAAAAUGAAUCAGAAGCUCUUGCUAAAGCACGUGAAUGGACUCAGCUUUACGCUAGACAUAAUUAAUUCCUGGACAAUAGUACUAGCACUGACCAACCCCUCGUAGAAUAUCGUUCUUCUUUUAAUGGAUAACCGAAACAUGAUCAAACAUUUUCUAUUAUAUAUAUAUAUAGUAAUUGAUAUAUUUGUAUUUAUGAAGAUCUCCGGUACUCAAUUCUGUUGUUGAAUUUUCCCUCUUCAAUCACAAUGCAGAAGUUACAUAAAGUGGUUUUGUUAUACAUUACAUGAAACCAUUUUGUAGCUUUAAACUAUUAUGACAAAAAUUUUCUAUAUUCUCUUUUCGGUUAUUAACUUCUCUAUUGCUCCCGUGUCUAUGUGUGUCCCGCUUUCAAAGGAAGUAAUUUCUUUUUUUGUAUCACAUACAUCCUCCAUUUACUGGUUUUGCAAAAUUUGCCAUACUACUACCACUACCUAUAUUAUGUUAAUAGUAGUAUGUAGUCCCUGUUUUUGUGUAUCUUUAUUACCAUAUGAUUUAUUUAUCUCUAUCUUCUCUCCCUCUCUCUAGUCUCCUAGUAUGUUGGUACAUGUAUGUAGGUACUGUGUGUUUGUGUAAUGAGGACGGGUUAUAUGAUUACCAUUGAACAGUCGUAUACAUUGGAUUCUGUCCCUCUAAUUUUUAGAAAGCAAAAAGUCUUUGAAAAAACCCACCCAAAAUACCUGAUUAUUGACUUCACCAGCGUAUAAUGUAUAAGGACGCUAAUGUUCGUUGCUUGUUUAUUAUUAGGAUUAUGUUUUUUCCAAGCAUUAUUAUUAUUUCAUACUGUUGAUCAUCAUCUAACUGCAAAUAAACAAACAGAUAUUUCUUGUCCAUCAUUACUUUUUUUAAAUGAGCGAAAGUGCAGUUUUUUGCCGUAAAAAAAUAAACAUAAUUGCUCAGGUAAAAAUUGCAAAAUCUCUUUCUAAUUCUCUGGCUGUAAAUGUCCUAAUAAGAUUAUGUAUUAUAUGUGAGUAAAAAUGACUGUCUUCAUAUGUGAGUUUAUUAUUAAUUUCUUUGUUGUUGUUGCAAAGAUCAAUUUUAAAAAUGAUCAAUAUUCAUAGGUUUCAUCCAGCAAUUAAACAUUGCUGGAUUUAGCAUAGGUUUUGAAGUGGUAAAACAAUUGUAGUUCAAGUUGAUGAUUUUGUUACAGCUUCGUUCUCUGAACCAGAUGGCUUGAUCUUGAAGUCCUCAUCGUUCUCCUGAAUAACAUCAUUAAUACAAACACAGAAUUCCGAUAAUCAUCCACACAUACCAAUUAAUCCCUUUUUUCUCAAACAAUAUUUGAAUGCUUAAAUUAUCAUCAUCAUUUGACAAUGAUGAUUCAUCUUGUUAAUUUCAUCCCUCAUUGUAAACUUCCUACGGCAAACUGGGUCAACGUACAUUUGUAGUAGACUACAUUGAAUAUGAAUAACUGACUGGCAAGGUAAGUGUAAUUAAUAAUGUGACUAUAAAACGAAUCUUAGAGUCAGUCAGUCAGCUACAACGUAGGACCAGGCACAUAUGUGCAUCAGUCCAAGUUGCCACACCUUAUUAGCAUAACAAGAUGAACAACGAAUUCAUAGAUAAUUCAAUGGUUGUAAUAUAUAAAAGAAAAAUUGCAUAUAAGGAUAUAGUACAGGAAGAAAGAAUUAGUUCGUAGAAAGAAAGAUAUGAAGCGAUUUUAAUCUCACGGUUUGAGGGAAGACAGAAAGUGUAUACACCGACGCCAUUAUGAUCGAUUCUGAGCCAUGACAUCAAGAGUCUCCAACCAUUGAUUAUGAUAGUCACGCGGACCCCAACCAAGUAGUCUGCAUCUACCAACAUGGCUCAGACUAGAAGUUAGUGUCUUCAAGCACUGAUGUCACAUUUUGGUUUGGCCGCCCCUAACUUUUUUCCAACCAUCCCGAACACCGGUUAGCAUUGCACGUCGUGGUAAUCAGUGUUCAAGCACCAAGUCAGUUAUGAAGAAACGCAAGAACUCGCACAAAUACACAUCGAGAAGAAUUGUCACACUUUUAAAAUCCACGCAGCGACAGAAAAGUAAUAAUAGUAACAAACCCAACAUCACAGUUCGAAAAGAAUAGAUGAGGGUUUAAAGUAGUAUAAAAUCAUAAUGAAUUUCAAGAUUCGGGAGGAUUUGUGAACCCAUAUCGAUGAAACCGAUUGUAAGGUUUAUGCCUUAGAAAUUCUUAGAUCAAAAAGAAGAAAACGAUGUACUCAUAUCAUCUAGGAAACACUUCAUCCAAUAAAUAAUUUAAGGAACGUACUUUACUCUGAAUUAUGAUAAAGAAGAUCGUGGCAACAUAAAUGACAGUAAUAAGAUUAUUAGUAACUAUUAAGCAAAACAACUUUGUAUUUUUUUUCACUACUAAACAUCUAUUUAGAAAAACAAAACAACUCGAUAACAUAUCAUAUAAAGUUCAUUGUAUCGUAAUUUAUAAGGCAACAAUUCUAGGAAGAAGUUACAUAAAGCGAAAGGGCAAUAGACAAUGAAAUGAAAAUUAAAACAGUAAUGAAAAUAACUGCUGUUACCUCAUUUUGUAUAGAUGUUUUAGAAAAUAAAAAUGCUAUUUAAUUCCACUAUUGCACAUAUAUGAACAUUUUCCUAAAAAAAAAUAUAUUCAUAAUUAUAUAUUGCUUGAAGUGAUUCAGUCCUUAAAAAAAUUCAACAAAUAGAAAAUGAGAGAGAAAUACAAUCAGGUCAACACAUGCUUAAACUGGAAGUUAAUUGGUCAAUAGUAUAAUGUAAUUUAAAAUGUUUUGAUUGGUUAACAAAUGGUAUACCUCUCAUGAUUACACACAAAAUGGAUGUGAUAUCAUGUUAGAAAAUUAUGAUAACCGAACAAGUAUAAUAUUAUUUAUUCAUUUGAUUUAAUAGACAAAUAUUACAAAUCAGGCCGGUAAAAUGUUUGAUGUGUAUUGUAGAGUAAAAGAAGUGUUGAAAGCAAUCAUUAAUAAAUAAUGAUCUAUAAAAAAAACGAUGAAAAUAAUGUAUAGAAAGUAACCGUAUGUGAAUUUAUGUUUACAAAUAAGGAUUAGGAUUUUUUUUUCUAGAAAAAGUUUGCCUACUGAUGUAUAAAAUUCCUUUUCAUUUUUCCACUAAUAUAAUAAGAUCAAAGUAUGGAAGCAACUUUCAAGAGACAAAUUAAAUUGUUUUUGUAAUAAACUUUUUCUGUGAAUUAUAACAGACAUAUUAUAGGAGAAAGUGAACGAGAACCGGGACGUCAUUAGCUACAUACACAAGAAUCAUCAAACUGGAGAAGAGUAAAGAAUCUCAAUGAUGUAAAUUAAUUACUUGCGCUUGAUAAUGGAGAUGAGAAACUAGUUGAAGAUGAUGAUGACGAUGAAGAAUAAUUUGUAGAAUCUGAAGAUAGAUCUGAUUUCCCUGUAAAGGAUGAAGACAUAUUAUGAUGAUACUGGUCACUAACAUUACCUUGUAAUGUUAGUAAUAAAGGCAAAUAAACUGUAUCAUGUAAACGAUCCUCAUCAUCAUACCUUUUAGUGGAUAGUUUCAUUAACCUGGUUGCAUAUUGCUCUUC